GCGCGCCGCCGACAGGCAGCCUCGGCGGGCAGAGUGCGGGUACUUUGCCUUCUGAAGAAUUUGCAGGACCCAAGCACGCUUUCGGAGCGCCCCGAUUUUCUUCGGUCGGUGUCCCCUCCCUCCGGAAACGAAGAUCCCACUUGUGCAACAAACAGCACCCGAAGCAUCCUGCCCAAGCCAAAGCCCGACGGGCUGCUGAGCAUGUGCUGCCCUUUCUUGCAGUUUAUUCUGGGCCUGUGUGGAAUAGAGAGACAAUUCUUUAUUUGACUGGUAGGAAAGAGAAGAGAAGACUCCUCAGGGUUUCCAAGGAGGACUGGAGCGGCUGCUUUAGUGAAGAAAUGGAGAAUCAAAGAAGUAAAGGACCAGUCUCAAAGUCACACUACUAGGAAGUCCUGAGGGGUUUGACACUUUUCAUCCUCCAGCCAUUAAUCAUCUUGUAGGGAAAGGCUGUAUAUUGGUAGGAGUAAAGUGCCAGCAGUUCCUGGCCGGGUGAUAGUCCAGCUGAGGGUGUCUGACUGACAGCAUGUUGGCACCAGCAUUGAAGGGAGUGAUGGGCUUUGGCUCCAGGUUCCUGUCCUGAGACCACAGCAGGAUGUGCCUUGGACAAAGGCUUGGAUUCCUGGAUCAUCUGGUGACUUCAAGUAUCUGGUCUCAGGGUGGUGAACUUUUUCUCUGAAUUCCUAACCUGUGAGCUUAUGAUGAUGGUGCCUGUCAAUUAACUGAACAACUGUGGUUUUGAACCUCUUGAGGCCAGGGACUGUCUGAGAACACCUACAGUAUCUGACGCAAGGGAGACGUCUGGUAAACUGCUGUGGGAUCUAAACAAGCUCUGAAAGUGUUCCAGCUGGGGUUUCAGACCGGACCGACUCGCUGCAGCUCCCGAGGCGGUGCCCGCAAGGUGCCAGCGCGCGCUGCUGCGCCGCGGCAGGAUGGUGCCCGCAGGCCGGCCGCUGCUGCUGCUCGUCGCGCUCCUCCUCCGCGCCCAGGCCGAGACACCUCCAAGGUUUACGAGAACUCCUGUUGACCAGACUGGGGUCUCUGGCGGAGUUGCCUCUUUCAUUUGCCAAGCUACAGGAGACCCAAGACCUAAAAUUGUCUGGAACAAAAAAGGAAAGAAAGUCAGCAAUCAGAGAUUUGAGGUAGUAAUAGAGUUUGACGAUGGAUCUGGAUCAGUUCUCAGAAUACAGCCCUUACGGACUCCGCGGGAUGAGGCCAUUUAUGAAUGUGUGGCCUCAAAUAACGUGGGAGAAAUAAGUGUAUCCACUAGACUCACAGUUUUGCGUGAGGAUCAAAUUCCCAGGGGCUUCCCUACCAUUGACAUGGGCCCACAGUUGAAGGUGGUUGAGCGUACACGCACUGCCACCAUGCUUUGUGCAGCCAGUGGGAAUCCGGAUCCAGAAAUAACUUGGUUUAAAGAUUUCUUACCCGUCGAUACAAGCAACAACAAUGGCCGUAUUAAGCAGUUACGAUCAGAAUCUAUUGGUGGUACACCAAUAAGAGGAGCCCUUCAGAUCGAACAGAGCGAAGAAUCUGACCAAGGAAAAUAUGAGUGUGUUGCCACCAACAGCGCGGGCACUCGCUACUCUGCCCCUGCCAAUUUAUAUGUCAGAGAGCUGCGAGAAGUUCGCCGUGUCCCACCAAGAUUCUCUAUCCCACCUACUAAUCAUGAAAUCAUGCCAGGUGGAAGUGUCAAUAUCACCUGUGUGGCCGUGGGGUCACCAAUGCCUUAUGUGAAGUGGAUGUUGGGGGCAGAAGAUCUGACACCUGAAGAUGAUAUGCCAAUAGGAAGAAAUGUACUGGAACUGAAUGAUGUAAGACAGUCAGCAAAUUACACCUGUGUUGCUAUGUCAACAUUGGGUGUCAUUGAAGCAAUAGCACAGAUCACUGUCAAAGCCUUACCCAAACCUCCAGGAACUCCUGUUGUGACAGAGAGCACAGCCACAAGCAUCACGUUGACAUGGGACUCCGGGAACCCAGAGCCUGUCUCUUACUACAUUAUUCAACAUAAACCUAAAAAUUCGGAGGAACCUUACAAAGAAAUUGAUGGGGUGGCAACCACUCGCUACAGUGUUGCUGGACUAAGUCCCUACUCAGAUUAUGAAUUCAGGGUUGUUGCUGUCAAUAACAUUGGACGGGGACCUCCCAGUGAGCCUGUGCUAACGCAGACCUCAGAACAGGCACCAUCCAGUGCCCCACGGGACGUCCAGGCGCGGAUGUUAAGUUCAACCACCAUUUUGGUACAGUGGAAGGAACCUGAAGAGCCAAAUGGACAAAUCCAAGGAUACAGAGUUUAUUAUACAAUGGAUCCCACUCAGCAUGUCAACAACUGGAUGAAGCAUAAUGUAGCUGACAGCCAAAUCACUACUAUUGGCAACUUAGUGCCCCAGAAAACAUAUUCUGUCAAAGUUUUGGCUUUUACCUCAAUUGGAGAUGGUCCUCUUUCAAGUGACAUACAAGUCAUCACUCAGACAGGAGUGCCAGGGCAACCACUAAACUUCAAAGCUGAACCUGAGUCAGAAACAAGUAUAUUACUGUCUUGGACACCUCCACGUUCAGAUACCAUUGCCAGCUACGAACUGGUCUACAAGGAUGGGGAACAUGGCGAGGAGCAACGAGUUACCAUUGAGCCAGGGACAUCUUAUAGGCUGCAAGGGCUGAAACCAAACAGUUUGUACUACUUCCGUCUGGCCGCACGCUCUCCUCAAGGCCUGGGUGCUUCCACAGCUGAAAUAUCAGCCAGAACCAUGCAGUCAAAGCCAUCAGCUCCUCCUCAAGACAUUAGUUGCACCAGCCCAAGUUCCACUAGUAUUUUGGUAAGUUGGCAACCUCCACCCGUGGAAAAACAGAAUGGCAUUAUUACUGAAUACUCUAUCAAGUACACCUCAGUGGAUGGAGAAGAUGACAAACCUCAUGAGAUUUUGGGCAUUCCUUCGGACACUACUAAAUACCUUUUGGAACAGCUGGAAAAAUGGACUGAGUACCGCAUCACUGUGACAGCACACACAGACGUUGGCCCUGGCCCUGAGAGCUUCUCCGUGUUGAUUCGAACUGAUGAAGAUGUUCCUAGUGGUCCUCCUCGCAAAGUCGAGGUAGAGGCUGUCAACUCAACAUCUGUUAAAGUCUCAUGGCGCUCACCUGUGCCCAAUAAACAGCAUGGCCAGAUAAGAGGAUACCAGGUGCAUUAUGUGAGGAUGGAAAAUGGUGAGCCUAAGGGCCAGCCCAUGCUGAAGGAUGUCAUGCUGGCUGAUGCGCAGUGGGAAUUUGAUGAUACUACUGAACAUGACAUGAUUAUUUCUGGGCUACAGCCUGAAACUUCCUACUCCCUCACUGUCACAGCCUAUACCACCAAAGGAGAUGGUGCUCGCAGCAAGCCUAAACUGGUGUCCACCACUGGGGCAGUUCCAGGAAAACCUCGGCUUGUGAUUAAUCACACUCAAAUGAAUACUGCUCUCAUUCAAUGGCACCCCCCUGUGGACACAUUUGGACCUCUUCAGGGCUAUCGCCUAAAAUUUGGCCGGAAAGAUACGGAACCACUCACUACUCUUGAGUUCUCUGAUAAAGAAGAUCACUUUACAGCUACAGACAUCCAUAAGGGAGCAUCAUAUAUCUUCAGGCUCUCAGCCAGAAACAAAGUGGGCUUUGGGGAAGAGAUAGUGAAGGAGAUUUCUGUUCCAGAAGAAGUCCCAACUGGAUUCCCUCAAAACCUCCACUCAGAAGGCACUACUUCAACCUCCGUCCAGUUAUCCUGGCAGCCACCUGUCCUAGCAGAGAGAAAUGGCAUCAUCACCAAGUACACUCUUCUGUAUCGGGAUAUCAACAUCCCUCUUCUUCCGUUGGAGCAGCUUAUUGUUCCAGCUGAUACCACUAUGACACUCAGUGGCUUAAAGCCAGAUACCACAUAUGAUGUAAAAGUACGUGCUCACACGAGCAAAGGGCCCGGGCCAUAUAGUCCCAGUGUCCAGUUCAGGACACUGCCUGUGGAUCAAGCAGUGUUUGCAAAAAAUUUUCAUGUGAAAGCAGUAAUGAAGACUUCAGUGCUGCUAUCUUGGGAAAUUCCAGAAAAUUAUAAUUCCGCCAUGCCUUUCAAAAUUCUUUAUGAUGAUGGGAAAAUGGUAGAAGAAGUAGAUGGCCGGGCCACCCAGAAGUUAAUUGUCAACUUGAAGCCUGAGAAGUCAUAUUCAUUUGUGCUAACAAACCGUGGAAAUAGUGCUGGUGGGCUGCAACACAGGGUCACGGCAAAGACUGCACCAGAUGUGCUACGUACCAAGCCCGCCUUCAUUGGGAAGACCAACCUGGAUGGCAUGAUUACUGUGCAACUGCCUGAAGUACCCGCAAAUGAGAAUAUAAAAGGUUACUAUAUAAUAAUUGUACCUUUGAAGAAAUCUCGUGGGAAAUUUAUCAAGCCAUGGGAGAGUCCAGAUGAAAUGGAAUUAGAUGAGCUGCUUAAAGAGAUAUCUAGGAAACGCAGAAGCAUCCGCUAUGGGAGGGAAGUUGAAUUAAAGCCAUAUAUUGCUGCUCACUUUGAUGUCCUUCCCACUGAGUUCACCCUGGGGGAUGACAAACAUUAUGGUGGAUUCACAAACAAGCAACUCCAGAGUGGUCAAGAAUAUGUCUUCUUUGUGUUAGCAGUGAUGGAGCAUGCAGAGUCUAAGAUGUAUGCGACCAGUCCCUACUCUGACCCCGUUGUAUCGAUGGAUCUGGAUCCACAGCCAAUCACAGAUGAAGAAGAAGGCUUGAUCUGGGUUGUAGGUCCUGUGCUUGCAGUGGUCUUUAUCAUCUGUAUUGUCAUAGCUAUCCUUCUUUAUAAAAGCAGUAAACCUGACAGGAAGAGGGCAGAGUCUGAUUCUAGAAAGAGCAGCAUACCCAACAGUAAGGAAGUCCCUUCACACCAUCCAACAGACCCAGUAGAACUGAGGCGCCUUAAUUUUCAAACACCAGGUUCAGAUGAUUCCGGUUACCCUGGUAACCUUCAUUCUUCAAGUAUGGCUAGCCAUCCUCCAAUUCCUAUCUUGGAGCUUGCAGAUCACAUUGAAAGGUUGAAAGCAAAUGACAACUUGAAGUUUUCCCAGGAAUAUGAGUCAAUUGACCCUGGCCAGCAGUUCACAUGGGAACAUUCAAACUUGGAAGUAAACAAACCAAAGAAUAGAUAUGCAAAUGUAAUUGCAUAUGAUCAUUCUCGGGUUCUCCUAUCAGCAAUAGAAGGCAUCCCAGGAAGUGACUAUGUGAAUGCCAACUACAUAGAUGGCUAUAGGAAACAAAACGCCUAUAUUGCAACACAGGGAUCACUCCCCGAAACAUUUGGGGACUUUUGGAGAAUGAUAUGGGAACAACGGAGUGCAACAGUUGUCAUGAUGACAAAACUAGAAGAACGGUCCAGGGUGAAGUGUGACCAGUAUUGGCCUAGUAGAGGCACGGAAAGCCAUGGACUGGUCCAAGUGACGCUGCUCGAUACAGUGGAACUGGCCACGUACUGUGUGCGGACAUUUGCACUUUACAAGAAUGGGUCAAGUGAGAAGAGAGAAGUAAGACAAUUCCAGUUCACCGCCUGGCCUGAUCACGGCGUUCCAGAACACCCCACACCUUUCCUAGCUUUCUUACGGAGAGUCAAAACCUGUAACCCUCCUGAUGCGGGUCCCAUGGUUGUGCACUGCAGUGCGGGAGUUGGCCGGACUGGUUGUUUCAUCGUAAUAGAUGCCAUGUUAGAAAGAAUAAAGCAUGAAAAAACUGUAGAUAUUUAUGGCCAUGUAACUUUAAUGAGAGCCCAGAGGAAUUACAUGGUUCAAACAGAAGACCAGUACAUCUUUAUCCAUGAUGCACUGUUAGAAGCAGUGACUUGUGGAAAUACCGAAGUGCCAGCUAGAAACUUGUAUGCCUACAUUCAGAAGCUGACACAAAUAGAAGCAGGAGAGAAUGUCACAGGAAUGGAGCUUGAAUUUAAGCGUCUAGCCAGCUCUAAAGCUCACACCUCAAGAUUCAUCAGUGCCAAUCUUCCAUGUAAUAAAUUCAAAAAUCGCCUUGUUAAUAUUAUGCCAUAUGAAUCCACAAGGGUAUGCCUGCAGCCUAUCCGAGGAGUGGAAGGAUCUGAUUACAUCAAUGCCAGUUUUAUUGAUGGAUACAGACAACAGAAAGCAUAUAUCGCUACCCAGGGGCCAUUGGCAGAGACCACUGAAGACUUCUGGCGGAUGCUCUGGGAACACAAUUCCACCAUUGUUGUGAUGCUCACCAAGCUGCGUGAGAUGGGCAGAGAGAAAUGUCACCAAUACUGGCCAGCAGAACGAUCUGCAAGAUACCAGUAUUUUGUUGUAGAUCCCAUGGCUGAGUACAACAUGCCACAGUAUAUCCUAAGAGAAUUCAAGGUCACAGAUGCCAGGGACGGUCAGUCCCGAACAGUGAGGCAGUUCCAGUUCACUGACUGGCCAGAACAAGGAGUGCCAAAGUCUGGAGAAGGAUUUAUUGACUUCAUUGGCCAAGUCCAUAAAACAAAAGAGCAGUUUGGCCAAGAUGGGCCCAUUUCAGUACAUUGCAGCGCGGGCGUUGGAAGAACUGGAGUCUUCAUAACACUAAGCAUUGUUUUGGAAAGAAUGAGAUACGAAGGAGUUGUAGAUAUCUUCCAGACUGUCAAAAUGUUGAGAACACAACGACCAGCCAUGGUACAGACAGAGGACCAGUACCAGUUCUGCUAUCGAGCCGCACUGGAGUACCUGGGCAGCUUUGAUCACUAUGCAACGUAGAAACCCCGGACCCAUGCUGGGUUCUUCCUGCAGGCCCUUCAGUAUCCACGGAGUCUCUUCUGAGCCAUACAGGGCACUUGAGAAGUCCUUCUUAACUUCUAGCUAACUACCACUUAGUGGGACUAUGACACACAAAACAAAAUAAAAACAAACUCUUCUGGAUGGACCAAGAAUUCACAGUUUAAUAAUCUAACCUGAAAAAUAAUAAAGAGAAUCCUGACUGAUGAGGCAUCUAAAGGAUUUUAUUUACAGAUACCUCAAGGAUUCAAAAUAAAGGGAAGAAGAAAUCACAGCAAAGAACCACCAUCUUGUUCAGGAUUGUUUGUUAGGUGUGAGGAGAAAUUGCCAGAGUCCUGCAGUUCAGUGCAAGAUGUUUGCUGGUGUGGCUUCUCAUGAUGAAAUGGACUCUGCUGCGACAUCGCCCCUUCCCACCAUACUGCUCAUAAUAACAUUUUAGGGGGGAAUGGGGGGACAUGUUUAAAAAGAAAGUCUUUGAUUUAGUUUUUUAGUAUUGUAAAGAUACUGCUGACCUGUGCUUCAUUUUUAACUGUGUAAACUUUUUUUUAACAAAAUGUAUCAUUCGAUAAAGUGAAUUUUAAAAAAGUUACAUAACUCUUCAUUUUUUAAUUUCCAAAAUGUAGGUUUUUUUAAGCCGUAGAACUGUUAUCUGUAAUAUCUUGCUGUAGAAAUAUCCAAUAAUUUGAAAAUUUGCACAUUUUUGUGCAAUAUUCUUAAACUACAGUAUCAGUCUUGUCAGAUAUUACUUUUACACUUCUGUUCAGUUUUGGUUGGUGAGAAAGUACCCAUUCUCUUCAAAUAGUCAGAGAACUUUGUUUUGUUUUGUUUUGUUUUGUUUUUGGAAUCAACAGGGAGGCGCAAAGUAUAAAGUUGCUGCUAACAUAUAUACAUAUAUAUCCAUAUUUAACAGGGGUGUCUAUGUAUAUAUAAACAGUGUGUCCACUCAAAAAGAUAGACAUAGCUAUCAUUCAGUUCUUCCAUGAUUUAGUUGUGGGUUUUUUUUGUUUUGUUUUGUUUUUAGGUAGAGAAGCUAUUAUAAACAUCUUUUACAAUGUUACCAAUUUUAUGACAUAUGGAUAUUUCUUAAUAUCAUAAAAUUUUAAUUUUAAGGGAAAUGAGGAAUGCACAUCAGUGAUUGUCAAGCCUCACCCCCUAAUUUCCUAUCCAGUCUCCUCCCACCCACCUACUCAUAUUCACAAAUAUCCUUUUGUUAGCCAGGCUUCCAACAAAGUUCAGUAUUUCUAACACUCUAGUGCAAUAAAAAAAUUAUUAAAUAUCUAAGAGGUGUGCAUGUGGGAAAGGUCAGUGCAUAUCCCUUUAGGAGGGGAGAAUGUUGUAAUAUAUCAGCUAUCAAGUUGUUUAAAAAACAAUGUAUUCAAUCGUAUAUCGUCUAUAGUAUGUGCUAUAAAAUUUGCAUUUAUGAUAUGUAACAGGGGCAAAGCCAAACUCAUGUUACUCUGUUCAGUCAGAAACAUUUUGUGGCAUACAGCACAACUGGGAAGUGCUGUACUUUGUUUUCUUUUGGUUUUAGUUAUGCAUUUAGAGUGCCUUAUAAUUGAUGCCUAUUUUAAUAGCAUUUCUUUUUAGCCUUUGGUUCACAUUUUCAUUAGUUGUUCAUAUAUGUUUCUCUUCCAAUUAAAGCAUUAUCUGUUUACCACAUGUACAAAAACUCUUUGAAUAAUAUGCAUUCCUAGUUUUCAACCAAGUCGGGGAUGUUAGUGAUUGUACCAGCCCAAAGCACUUGGAUAAUCAGGGCCCUUCCUUUCAUGGUUGCCAACAUCAGGAAAAAAUGACUUGUUUUAUUUAGAAUCCCUUCCAUUCAGUAACUGCACCAAACUUACUUUAGUGACAACAUUGACAAUUUUGGAAUAUAUUUACUAGUCCAUUAGGAUUUUUCUAAAAUGAGGAUUAAACGAUUAGAUAUUUUCCAAUGUAAUUCCGAAUUUUCCAACAUAAGUGCUAUAGGAAGCCAUGGAAAAUGGCUUGAGUUUGCCAUAUCUUAUAUGAUUUUAAAGAACCCUCAAAUUAUCCAAGGAACUCUUAAAGAGUUUUGGUAUAGAUAUAAUAUUUUGGUUUAAUUUUAGCUUCAUUGAUGUUCAGCAUACAAAGAUUUUUGUUUUCCACAUUUUACCAUCACUAGCAGAAUGAAAUCCAAGAGACCAAACACUUGCAAGCAUCAUAUUGAGCACUUUUGUAAAAAAAGAAAAAAGAAAAAAAAAAGAAAAAAGAAAAGAAAAAAAAAAGGAAAAAAAGAAAAAAAAAGGAAAGAAAAAAGAAAAAAAAAGAAAAAAUACAAUACUAAAAAAAAAAAAAGUAUCUAGAAGGCUACCUCAGAAUGAGACUCUCUAACCUACAUCAGAACCAGAGAAGAAUGUGCACUAUGUGGAUCUGUUGUCGUUUUCUUUUAGUUUGUAUCUUUUGGAGAUUUAUCCAAGUGCCAGUGAUUUACUGAGUGCUGUGAUUUUCAUUUAGUGAAACAAAGGGGGUCAGACAGACUUGCCGACAUGCCACGUUAGACAUGUAGAAUCUGAUGGUGUAUAUUACACACCAGAAGGAAUUGCCAAUGAACAGUUUCUCUCCCUGAGAUAAAAACUGCCCAUUUGGCAAAGGGAAAGAGGAGAAUAUUCACAAGAAGAAAAUUAACGGGAUGCAUACCAUACAAAUGAGGCAGAGACUAUCCAGAUAUCUUAAUGUUUAGGCGCUGUUCCGAGAACUAACUCCCUUACUGUCAUUGAUGUGCAUUCCACUCUGUGCUUUUCUGUACAACCAUUCUAGUUUGAUUUUCCCAGGUAAACAUCUUUAUCUACCAUUACCAUUAACUUUCGAGUUUCCAAUUAUUUUCAUCAUCAUAACCAGUACGGUGCUAUUAUUUACCUAUGUACGUGUAGUUAUGUAUAAUUUUGUAAUUAGUUACAAUGGUAAAAAAAAUCAAAAUAUAUAAAAAGUGAUUUGUACAGAACUUUAUUUUAGCUCUUUUUUAAAAAUGAUUUGCAUGGUUAGACAACGGCGAGGACAGCCAGGGGAGGGAAGGGCCUCUAGGGAACUUUGCACUUUCUAUACCUUUGUACUAUGCACUGCCCUAUUGAUUCUACACCCAAUAAUGUUAUUACUUGAACCCAUCUAUAAGAAACUGCUUCAGAAAUUCAUUUGUGCGUAUGUAAAUAACACAACAUAGAUGCAGGAAUGGAAAAAAUUCUUCAGUAACAUAGAGAAUUUUUUCUUUCCUGUUUAUUUUUGGGUUUGCUUUGUUUUAGCCUCUCCUUUUCAUUUUUAAUUCCCGUUUCUUUUAACUUUUUUGGGUUUUGGUUUCCUUUGGGUUUAUGGGUGCCCUGAUACUCCAGCAGAGAUCAGAAGGCUACAGAUCCAUCCUAUCCAUCUGUUAUGUGGCUUUGCCAUUCAAGCUUGGAGUGUCUUUACAAAGAUAAUAACAGUUGUGUUCUUUGCUCUCGUUUUGGAUGCAUAGACUGAAAAAUUAAAAAAAAUAACUUGUAAAAUGGCUUGUUAAAAAAAUACAAUUACCUCUAAUUAGUAGUACGCGUAAAUGUUUUACAGAAUGAAAGGCGUGCUUUUUAUUUUCUUACUUCGUUACAUUGGUGGCGAAAGAAGUCUGUAUGAAAAUCAGUUCUUUGCUGACACAAGUUCCAUUUGUUACAAAUGAAUUCUAAUAAAAAUGUCAGUGUUAUGCA